AUGACUUCCCUGGGCGACGACUUGCUUGUCACUGUCAACAAGCUCCAGGACCUGGUGUUCAAUACCAUUGGGAACGAUUCUUUGGAUUUGCCACAGAUUGUAGUUGUCGGCUCGCAAUCAUCUGGAAAAUCCUCAGUACUUGAAAAUAUCGUUGGACGAGACUUCCUGCCGAGAGGAAGCGGCAUUGUUACUAGGCGGCCUCUGAUCCUCCAGCUCAUCAAUGUUCCCUCUGACGACAGUGAUGAUGAACAUGAACCACAUACCGCCGGCAGUGUCCAGCAGCACGGAGAAUGGGGAGAAUUCCACCACCAGCCUGGCCGGAAAUAUACGGAUUUCGCGCAUAUAAAACAAGAGAUUGAGAAUGAAACCGCGAGGAUAGCGGGAAAUAACAAGGGAAUUAAUCGCCAGCCGAUAAACCUGAAGAUCUUCUCUCCACAUGUGCUUAAUUUGACUCUCGUGGAUCUUCCUGGUUUGACCAAGGUCCCGAUCGGUGACCAGCCUUCCGAUAUCGAAAAGCAGACGCGGACCCUGAUCUCGGAAUAUAUUGCGAAGCCAAACAGUAUUAUACUCGCCGUGUCUCCUGCAAACGUGGACAUUGUCAACUCUGAGGCUUUAAAGCUUGCUCGCCAUGUUGAUCCCGUUGGCAAGCGAACGAUCGGUGUACUCACCAAGCUGGACCUUAUGGACCAUGGAACCAACGCAAUGGAUAUCCUUACCGGCCGUGUCUAUCCAUUGAAACUAGGUUUCAUUGGUGUGGUUAACCGCUCUCAACAGGACAUCCAGGGCGGUAAAUCUUUGGCAGAGGCAUUGAAAUCUGAAGCUGAGUUCUUCAGGCAUCAUCCGGCCUACCGCAACAUGGCGAACCGGUGCGGUACUCAGUUCCUUGCUAAGAGCUUGAAUUCCACUCUCAUGUCACACAUCCGUGACCGUCUGCCCGAUAUCAAGGCCCGUCUAAAUACACUGAUGGGCCAAACCCAGCAGGAACUGGCCAGCUAUGGAAACAAGCAAUUCAGCGGAAGAGAACACCGCGGGUCGCUAAUACUCCAACUUAUGACACGGUUUGCCUCCUCCUUUAUAUCCUCCAUUGACGGAACCUCCUCCGAGAUAUCGACAAAGGAAUUAUGCGGUGGAGCAAGAAUUUACUAUAUCUUUAAUUCUGUGUUUGGAAAUUCCCUAGAGACAAUCGACCCCACCCACAACUUGUCCGUCCUAGAUAUUAGAACCGCUAUCCGCAACUCAACUGGACCUCGACCCAGUCUUUUCGUUCCAGAACUUGCCUUCGAUCUGCUUGUGAAGCCUCAGAUAAAACUCCUUGAGAUACCCAGCCAACGCUGUGUUGAGCUAGUUUACGAAGAACUUAUUAAAAUAUGUCAUACUUGUGGUUCGACCGAACUUUCCCGAUUCCCAAGGCUGCAGGCGAAACUGAUCGAGGUUGUGUCCGACCUUCUCAGGGAGCGCCUGGGCCCAUGCUCAAACUAUGUUGAAUCUCUUAUUUCAAUCCAACGUGCAUACAUCAAUACCAACCACCCUAACUUCCUUGGUGCCGCCGCCGCCAUGUCAUCCGUCAUUCAAAGUAAGCAGGAGAAAGAGAAACAGGCUGCCCUUGCUGAAGAGAAGAAAAAGAGGGACCGACGGCGGUUGAAAGAGCUUGGAGCUGCGAAUGGAGUUGCUACCCCUGAUGAAGAGGAUAAUGCAGAGGAGAAACCACAGACUCUUCCAGUCAGAGGGCAUUCCUCGAAAGUAGCCAGAACCGGGUCACCACAUACCGGACGCAACUCUGAAUCCAUAUCCUCUGCUCUCAAUGGCCUCCAGUCAGCUUCGCCUCCACGAUUAGGAAGCCAGCACGGAAAUGCCAAAGAUUCGUUCUUGAACUACUUCUUUGGCAAAGAUGGCUUGCCAGGCUCUACUCCUCCCCCAACAUCUUCCGGCCUCUCACGCCACGUCAGCCAUGCAAUGGAGCCUAGUUUCAGCCAGAGCUUCCGCCGAAACGAGAUCCGGUCCCCAUCUAUCCCCCAAUUCCCCACCCAACAGGAAGAAUACGCUCCAACUGAGUACGGUGAUAUGUCAUUAACCAAUGACAAUGGCGAGCCAGUUUUGACAGACCGUGAGGCCCUUGAGACGGAGCUCAUCCGCCGCUUGAUUUCAUCCUACUUCAACAUCGUCCGCGAAACGAUAGCAGACCAAGUCCCCAAAGCCAUCAUGCACCUUCUGGUCAACCACAGCAAAGAAGUGGUUCAAAACCGCCUAGUUAGCGAACUUUACCGAGAAGAUCUAUUCCCUGAACUCCUUUACGAAGACGACGGCAUCAAGGCUGAACGCGAGAAGUGCGAGAAGCUACUAGAAACCUACAAAGAGGCCGCGAAGAUCGUGGGCGAGGUUUUGUAA